ACCCUCUCACCCGCCAUUGUCCGCUGCAGCAACUACUGAUCGUGGAUCGUACCUCUGGAAUCGCAAAACUCCUGCCUCCGUUGAACUCCCCUUCACUUUCUUCUCGCAAGUCGUCGCCCACACCAUGUCGCGGGCGAAUCGCAGCUGCUCACUUGCGGCCGUCCUCCUUGUGACGAUUCUCGUCGCCCUCGCCCAAUCACUGCCCAGCAUCUCAGCAACGCCCCUCGAAGCGUCAUCGCGGUCGUCUUCGUCAGGUUCCCGCCAGCUGGCAAGAAGAGCGAGCAACCCACAAUUCGAGCCGCUUCCUAAUGCUGUGGACUUCUUCAAUCCGCUGGAGAGGGGAGGGUCCAUGCUUACGAUCAUUCCUGGCCCUACCACCGUCGGCCUCGGCGAGCCAGUCAAUGUCAUCGUCUCAGGACGCAGCUCGAAGAGCGUCCUGGAACCAGUAGGCUUCCUCCUCUACGUGACCUCGAUCAACUUCGGCAUCUCCUGUCUCGGCCAAGCGAAUGGCACCCUCCAACAGACCAACCUAGGUGACGGCCGCGGAGCCCGUAUCCAAGGUACAGGUGACGGGACCAACGGGGUGAUGCGCUUCAACUACUACUCGCCUUACGUCGGCACCUGCAAAGAGACCUUCCAAGGCGGCAAUCACUUUCGCUGGUGGGUCCAAAACGGCACCGAAGCCAACUCGAGUGCCAUCUUCCUCGCCGCAUCUCGUGAGCUGCCCCUCGCCACCAAUCAUAUGAUCGAUACGGAUGGGUACAACAGGGGCAGGGACGAGCUGGUGGGGAACGCCACGGGGAUGACAGAGUGGGAGGGGAACAGGUACAAUACGACAGUGACGUGGAUCCCGGCGGGUCUGCUGUUGAACGCAACGAGUGAGGGGAUCAAUCACCCCGACGUGGCACUGCCGGGACAGCCGACGCAGGAUGGGCGCGUGGCCGUCUUGACAGUGACGCAGCUGGCGGGCUCAGCGGCUAAUGCUGCGCUGAGGGGUACCACGCCGGGCGUAGAGGCAUCGUUGCUAGUCGCGGCUGUCGCCAGCUUGGUGGCGCUCGCCAUGGCGCUGCAGUAAGCCCUUGAGCUCCUCGCUCCUCACUCCCCGCUCCUCCUUUUCAUAGACGCAAUUUGCGAACCGCGUAA